GUGCGCGUUUGUUUGCCAGUAAUUUGUAAAGUGGAGCUGUGAGCUUUGUGAUGCGCUGCCGCCGGCGAAUGAAACGCACUCAGGUCAGCCGUUAGAGGUCUGUAAUUAAUAUGCGUUGGGGGUCGCUUGUUGUGGGAAGAGUCGCCAUCUUGUUCCACUGUAAAUUCUCUCCGUCCAACCGAACCUGGUCAGAGCUGAUCCCGCCCUCUCGCCACGCUGAUUGGUGGCCGCGGGCAAGAGGGCCGUUCCUGAUUGGAACGCGGUUCCUGGCUUCGCUACUGGCAAUUGGCUGAAGCCGUUGCCGAUCACCGUCUGCCAUUGUACAUCCGUUAGCAAGAUUGCCAGUGGAUGAUGCGAAAACCACGGAGAAGGAUGAGAAAUAACUGUGGAGGUCGUCGCUCCCCCUCUCCCUAUGGACUUAAGUGUUCUCCAAAUAGAGAAACAUUGACGUAUGCUCAAGCACAACGAAUGGUUGAGGUAGACAUUGAUGGCAGACUUCACAGAAUUAGCAUAUUUGACACCUUAAAGAUCAUCACUGAAGAUGACUUGACUGCUCAAGAAAUUACAGAAUGUAACAGUAAUAAAGAGAAUAGUGAACAACCUCUCUUUCCUUCAAAGUCAAAAAGAACAGUCUGCAAAGACAAAAGGAAAGAGUCAGCCUCGAAACAUUCAGCUGGGCCAUCUGCUGAAUUACCUCAACCAUCUUUUAGAAUUAUUGAUUACAAGCUCCCUGAUGCCCCUCCCCUACCAUCAGCAUACUACAGAUACAUUGAAAAGUCAGUGGAAGAGUUGGAUGGUGAGGUUGAAUAUGAUAUGGAUGAGGAGGAUUAUGCAUGGCUAGAAAUGAUCAAUGAAAAGCGCAAGAGUGAUAUGCUUGGCAUAGUAUCACAAGAAAUAUUUGAGUACCUCAUGGACAAACUGGAAAAAGAAUCCUAUUUUGAAAGCCGGAAUAAAGGCGAUCCCCAAUCUUUAAUUGAUGAAGAUGCAGUUUGUUGCAUUUGUAUGGAUGGUGAGUGUCAGAAUAGCAAUGUAAUCUUAUUUUGUGAUAUCUGCAAUCUUGCUGUACAUCAGGAGUGCUAUGGAGUACCAUAUAUUCCAGAAGGACAAUGGCUUUGCCGCUGCUGUCUGCAGUCUCCUUCUAGGCCUGUUGAUUGUGCUUUAUGUCCAAAUAAUGGUGGUGCAUUUAAACAGACAGAUGAUGGCCGCUGGGCUCAUGUAGUUUGUGCUUUAUGGAUACCAGAAGUUUGCUUCGCUAACACAGUGUUCCUGGAGCCAAUAGACAGCAUUGAGAACAUUCCUUCUGCUAGGUGGAAGUUAGUAUGUUAUAUUUGCAAACAAAAAGGUGCUGGUGCAUCUAUUCAGUGUCACAAGGCUAAUUGCUAUACAGCAUUCCAUGUGACCUGUGCUCAGCGGACUGGUUUAUACAUGAAGAUGGAACCGGUACGAGAAACUAGUGCCAAUGGGACAACUUUCAGCGUCCGAAAAACUGCAUAUUGUGAUGUUCACUCCCCGCCAGGGUCAGUAAAAAAGAUACUUGCAUUGGAUGAUAAUGAGGCGGAGGAAGACGAAGAGAAUAAAGUAGAAGAUGUUGAGGAUGGAGAGAGUCCAAAGAAAGUGUCAACUAAAAAGACCAAAGCCAAAUCUAAACAGAAAACUAAAAAAAUUAAAAAUCUUCUUGAAGAACGACGCGCAGCAGUACCAGUAGUGACUGUGCCACAGAUACCUACUCACAGCACAGCGGUGGAAAAUGCAAGCAGUUUCAUACUCCUGGGGGUCCACAUCUCACACAACCUCCCAUGGUUCCAGAACCCAUCCUCCACAGUCAAGAAUGCUCACCAAAGCUUCUAUUUUCUGAGGAGUCUGAAGAGAGUUGGACUGUGCAGGCUAAAUAAAAUAUGCAGUCGGUUAUCUAUCCAGAGGAAAACACAGUUCAUGCAAAGGUUGCAUAAUUACUGGAUGCUGAAAAGGCAGUCACGGAAUGGUGUUCCUUUACUUCGGCGAUUGCAUUCACAUUUACAAACUCAAAGAAAUGCUGAACAGAAAGAACAGGAUGAAAAGAACAGUGCAGUGAAAGAACAAUUGAAAUACUGGCAGAAACUGCGGCAUGAUUUGGAAAGAGCUCGUCUGCUUGUUGAGCUGAUUCGCAAAAGAGAGAAGCUCAAGAGAGAAGAGGUCAAAGUUCAGCAAGUUGCAUUGGAACUGCAACUUACACCAUUUAUUGUCUUCUUAAGACAAAUUUUGGAUCAACUUCAGGAAAGAGAUCAAGCAAAUAUAUUUGCGCAACCUGUAAGCCUCAAAGAGGUUCCAGAUUAUUUAGAGUUUAUUGCACAUCCUAUGGACUUUUCCACCAUGAGGAAAAAACUAGAAACUCACUGUUACAAAACGCUUGACGAAUUUGAAAAAGAUUUCAAUCUGGUCAUUAACAAUUGUAUGAAAUAUAAUGCUAAGGAAACCAUAUUCUAUCGGGCAGCCGUGAGAUUGAGAGACAUUGGAGGUUCCAUAUUAAGAUGUGCUCGGCGCCAAGCUGAAAAUAUUGGGUAUGACUAUGACACUGGAAUGCAUUUACCAGAAUCACCAAAUCUGGCAAACUUCUACCGCUUCUCUUGGGAGGAUGUGGAUAACAUGCUGAUACCUGAAAACAGAGCUCAUCUGUCACUGGAGGACCAGCUGAAAGAGUUGCUAGAUAAAUUGGACAUAACAUGUACCAUGAAGUCAAGUGGAGCCAGAUCAAAGCGAGUAAGAUUGCUGAGGAGAGAAAUCAACAGCAUCAGACAUAAAUUGGCACAACAGCAGCAUCUACACAAUGGCAACUGUUCUGAAUUAUCAAAGGAAGACAAUGAGAAAGCACUAGUUGAAGGCAAUGAGGAAAGCACUGAAAGAGUGGAGAAGGUGCAGAGCAGCACAGCCUGUGCAGAUGCUGAAUCACUCCACCUUCUUUGGAAUUUCCAUGAUUCUAAAUCUUCCCUCCCACCAACAUUAGAACCUACAGGACCAGCACCUUCCCCCUCAGACUCUGAAACCCACACAGACCCUCCUACCCUCAAACCUGUGAGUGAAAGCAGGGCACAAAGCAGACUGCACAAACGAAUUAAAUCUGACAGUGAUGUUCUGAACAGAAAAACACUACAAACUGAAGCCCUUGGCACUCAUACUCUGCAGCGCCUCCUGAGUGACAGUGGAGUAAAUGGUUUAGCUCUCCCUACCUCAGACUCUUCAGCUCAGUCUGUCAAUGAAGUGGGCAGGCGCACCUCUGUUCUUUUUCGGAAAGCGAAAAAUGGAGUAAAGUUACAGAAGGGUUGUGGUCAGCUGAUGGAGAAUGGAGAUAGCCAGCACCAAACAGAACAAUUGGCACUGAAUACUUCAGGGACACUUUCAAAACUACAGAGUUUGCGUCAAUCAAGAAAACGACCCCAAAGUUUGAGCUGCAGCUCAGACAGUGAAAGUGAGAAAUCUCCUUGCACUCCUGCUGAACUAGGGCUUUCUAAUGGCUUUGGAAAACACACUCAGUUGUCAAAUGUAGAAAGCUACUCGGAUUCUGAGUGUAGUUCCAGUCUUGGAAGCAAUGGGGCAUUUGAUAAUAACAGUGGCAUGUCUCCACCCAAACGUAGCCGAGGGAAACCAGCUCUCGCUCGAGCACAUUGUCUUGACAAUGGGAAUGGAGAUGCAUCAUGUGGAGAUUACAGUACAUCAGGGAGAGGAGUCUGGACACCUUUUGAGAAUGAUGCUGUUUUAGAACCUCUAGAACUAGUUUGGGCCAAAUGUAGAGGGUACCCUUCUUAUCCAGCACUAAUCAUAGAUCCGAAUAUGCCUCGAGAUGGAUUAUAUCACAAUGGUGUCCCGAUACCUGUACCUCCACUGGAUGUAGUAAAACUAGGAGAGCAAAUGCACGCUGAAGCUGGAGAGAAGCUUUAUCUAGUUCUGUUUUUUGACAACAAAAGAACAUGGCAGUGGCUUCCUCGUUCAAAGUUACUUCCUCUUGGUAUUGAUGACACGGUGGACAAAUUGAAAAUGAUGGAAGGACGUAAAUCAAGCAUCCGGAAAUCUGUUCAAAUUGCUUAUGACCGAGCAAUGAUCCAUUUGAGCAGAGUACGUGGAGAACAUGGCUUUCUCACCUCAAACUACAUGUGACUGUGAUAAAACAUAACCAAAGUUACGAAAGGAGAUGGUAUGAUGUAACAUCAGGCAUCAAAGAACUUAAUUUCUGCUCAUUGUAAAAACUAAAUUCACUUUCUUUAUUUUUUCAUACUUUUAAGCAGAUCAACACAAAGCCUCUGGUACUGCCAAUUCUUGUAUGACCUUUCUUUGACUUGUUGUCAUGUUUACUUCAUUUAAACAUAAAUCAUGCUUUAAAUUUACAAAUACCUGUUCAUAGUGUUUAUAAUGCCUUUUGUGUGGACGCCAAGGGGAAGAGAAAACAUGUAUAUAAUUGUAUUAUAUUGUUAUACACUAAAUUAUUCAAGGCUGCAGAUCAGAAUCUUUAGCUUCUCUGUGAUGGUAAUGGGUUUUGUACGCACACACUGUAAUUUAUUUGAGAAACAAUACCAUUUGACGUUUGAAAGUAUUUGUUCUGUUAAAAUGCAGUGGACUUGUGACCUGUGUAUACUGUGUAGUUCAACUUUAAAACAUUUUUUAUUGCAUUUUGAUUUUGGUUUUUAAUGUAUUCGGGCUAUUAUAUCAAUGACGUUGACAUACCUAGGGACCUAAAAUUAGCUGCGUGUCCACUGUGAAACACAGGAUGUUCAUGUUGUAUUUAUUGUAGAAAGUAAGAUUAUUUGCUUUCUAGUACUGUUUAUAAGAGCUGUAAUGGUUGAAAAAAAAGAGAAUUGACAAUUGCAAAACUGUACUUUUACCUCUGAUCUAUUACAAUCCAACUGUCUGAGGCUAUAUUUUCUCUUGAGAAUUAAAUGUGGUGAUCUAGAAAUUAACAGUUUCUAAUUUUAAUUGCUUAGUUCCAUUUGUCAGCUUUCAAAAUAGGCCACUCACAUGCUGUCCAGCGAUAGUUGUUCAUAACAGUUUUAUAGUGUCUAAGGUCAUCUAACAGAAUCUCUUUGAUCAAAGUUUAUGACAGUCAUGUGAGACCAAUGUCAGUGCUGGAAACCUGGAUUUCAUGGGCAUACCUGAGUAAGUACCUAGCAGUAAUGUUGACAAUCGGGCUGAGUAAUGAACCCACCAAGUAGGAGCAGAACCAGCUGUAUAUUUUUUGAAGUUUGCUUCACUACUCAAGAUCAUGCUAACCUUGCCUUUGGUCCUGGCUCACAUUCCUACAUGAUCCUCAAACACCACUGAUUGUUCUUGGUCUAAAAAUGUACCUAUCCCUGGUUUGACAAUAUCCAUAUGUUUGAACACCCCCAAGAAUUGCAACCCCAGUUUUACUUCUCUUCUCAGUAUUAAAUGAUAGUCUCAUUAUCUUGAGACCUCAUAUUCCAAUUCCACAUUCUCCCACCAGAAGAAACAUCUUCAUAGCUUACAGUCAAUCGAACAGCCUCAGAAUAUCAUGUUUUAAUGACAUAAUUUCUGAUACUGUGCAGUCUUUUCUGACAGGACAACCUCAUCAUUUCAGUAGUUCAUCAAUGAACAUUUGUUGCGACUUGAAGGCAGGUAUAUUCCUCAGAUGAGACCACAAUAGCAUUGUGCCAGGUGAGGUUUAUUAAGUUUUACACAGAUGUUAGGGGUGGCAAAGUGGUUGGUGUUUGGUGUCAUGGUCAGGAAAAGUGUAUACAUUAUGAAGUGUGGACACAACAAACUGAUCAGAUUUCAUACUUUCACAGUUAGCAUCUCUAUACAACGGGUGGAGACUCAAUGGGCUGAAUAGCCUAAUUUUGGUCCUAUGACUUAUGAUCUUAUGGUUUCUGGAAUGAGUGCAUAAACUGAAUAUUAAUUUUAUCUCUUUAAUCUUUAAACAAAAUCAAUGAGAAGCAAAUAACUAGUGAAUAUUUAUAUAUGCUGCACGUUGCAUGGAACUUCCUUCAGGAAACCAUCAGAAAGUGCCUGUAACUGCUGUCUCUUCAAAUCAGGUGAAGUCUACUGUAAUGUUCUGUAGAACUGUGAAUUAUUGAUUUUGGCAAGAUAGAAAAUGGCAUCCUAACAUUAAAAUUCAAAGGAAGAGAACCAUAAAAUGAUGGAAGAUGCUACAUUGCGUGCUACAUGCGGCAAUCAUGUAAAAGCAUUUGAUGGGAUUUGAAGCAUGAUAACUUGAGAUGACAUUAAUAACAGAACUAACAUCUAAAUUGCAAAGAUGUCCUCAAGUUCAAUAAUUUAUAUCUAAAUAUAGUUUGUUCAUUAAUGUCAUUUAACAGUUAAGUUGUAUUAGAAUUGACAAUAGACUAAGUUAUUCUUAUUGAAAAGAAAUUAAAGUCUGUAAUAAGUGGGUGUCAGAGCAAUCCAUGUCAAUGAAACAAUUUUGUUAACCCCAGAAUCCCUCCACCCACUUGAUAUUGUGUGUAGUUUUAUUGAACAGUUUAAUGAGAUAUUCUCUUCAUACAACUUGAAGUUGCAUCAAAUGACAUCUGUAAAUUUGCAGAUGAUACAACCAUUGUUGGCAGAAUUUCAGAUAGUGACAAGAGGACAUACAGAAGCGAAAUAUGUCAGCUGCUUGAGUGGUGUGACAGUAACAACCUUGUACUUGGCAUCAGUAAGACCAAAGAAUUCAGUGUGGACUUUAGAAAGGGUAAGACGAGGGAACACACACCAGCCCUCAGAGAGAUCAGAAGUGGAAAGAGUGAACAACUUCAAGUUCCUGGGGAUGUCCACCUAUGAGGAUCUAACCUGAACCAACAUAUUGAUGCAGCUGCAAAGAAGGUUCGACAGUGGCUAUAGUUCAUUAGGAGUUUGAGAAGAUUUGGUAUGUCACCAAAAACACUUGUAAAUUUCUACAGAUGUACCGUAAAGAGCGCUCUUAGCUGGCUGCAUCACUGUCUGGUAUUGGGGGUGGGGGCUACUGCUUAGGGUCAAAGUCUGCUGCAGAGAGUUGUAAAAUUAGCACCAGCUUGAGCACUAGACUAUAGUAUCCAGGACAUCUUCAAGGAGUGAUAUCUCAAAAAGGUGGCAUCCAUCAUUAAGGACCAUCAUCACCCAGGUCAGACUUUGUUGUCAUUACUACCAUCAGGAAGGAGGUACAGAAGUCUGAAAGCACUCACUCAACAAUUUAGGAACAGCUUCUUCCCCUCUGCCAUCCAAUUUCUAAAUGGACAUUGAAGCCAUGAAUACUACCUCACUACUUUUUUAUUUCUAAUUU